CGCGCGCCACGCGCGGGAACCGGACGAACACCCACCUCCCACCGCCCACCGCCCACCGCCGCGCCGGCCAUGGCUCCCCUCCUCCUCCUCCUCCCCCCACUCCGCCUCCUCCCCGCCACCCUCCUCCGCGCCACAAGCCGCCCGGCGUCGCCAAGGCGCGGCCUCUCCUACUCCUACCCCAGGCGCGUCGCCGCCGUCCUGCGACAAUGCCGCGCCGCGGCGCCGCCUCCGCCUGCUCCUCCGGAUGCCGUGCCCCGGUGGCACGCGGCGCUCGCGGCUGCGGCGGGGCUGUACCCGGCGUACGUGACGGCCGGCGCCGCGGUGGCCGUGGCGCGGCCCGAUGCGUUCCGGUGGUUCGUCGCGCUGGCGCCGGGGUCGUACACGUUCGCCCUGGGACUCAUCAUGCUCGCCAUGGGCCUCACCCUCGAGCUCCGGGAGUUCUUGGCUCUCCUCCGCGAGAGGCCCCUCUCCAUAUUGUUUGGUUGUGCUGCACAGUACACCAUAAUGCCUGCCUUUGGAGCAAUUGUUAGCCGGGUGCUGGGGCUCUCUCCACCAAUAUCAGUGGGACUAAUUCUGCUAGGAUGCUGUCCUGGAGGAACUGCUUCCAAUGUGGUGACUUUAGUUGCUAAAGGUGAUGUUCCACUAUCAAUCGUCAUGACUGUGUGCAGCACUCUUGGUGCAGUGUUCCUUACUCCACUGUUAACAAAAAUUCUUGCUGGUGCUUAUGUUCCAGUGGACGCGGUGAAGCUUUCCUUAAGUACUCUGCAGGUGGUUGUUGCUCCAAUUCUAUUAGGUUCCUCUAUACAAAGUGCAUUCCCAUCAGUAGUUAAAUUUGUUACUCCUUUUGCCCCUCUUCUAGCGGUCUUAACUUCAUCACUUCUGGCGUGCAGCGUGUUCUCUGAGAACUUUGUACGGCUGAGAUCAACAAUUGCUGAUGCAUCAUAUGGGAAUGGAGGCCUGUUUUCUGGGGAUAUUGGGGUUGUGAUGCUGUCUGUCUUCUUGCUGCACUGUGCUGGUUUUGUUGUCGGGUACACGACAGCAGCUAUAGGUGGUUUCAAGGAAAGACAAAGGAGAGCGAUAUCCAUUGAGGUAGGGAUGCAGAAUUCAUCCUUAGGAGUAGUAUUAGCAACUGCACAUUUCUCCUCUUCCUUGGUCGCCUUGCCAGCUGCACUCUCCGCUGUCAUCAUGAACAUAAUGGGUAGCACAUUAGGUCUUGUAUGGCAAUUUAUGACACCGCCUGAUUCGAAGAACGAAAACCGUUGACUCGCGUGAUGUAUGACCUGCUCCUACUUUGUGUGGUUAAUCUCCUGUCAUAGUCUGCUGUAAGAAACAUUAGAAACGUUAAAACCAUGCCGUGUAUAUCCUCAACUUUCAGCCCUUCCUGAUGUCAACUUGUCAAGUAGGGAUUGUACAUAGUUUUGGAAUGUUGAUUUUCUGAACUUUUGCUGAUAUACAGUCUAAAAUGCACAUGUGGCCAAAUCCGGAACACUCAAUUGUUGUCUCGAGGAAUAAACGAAUAAUGCAAAGAAUUUGGUAA